AACCCCUACGUGUUCCUCGAGAUGUCCGAGGGCGUGGGCCGCGUCGUCUGCGAGCUCUUCGCGGACACGGUGCCGCGCACGGCGGAGAACUUCCGCGCGCUCUGCACCGGCGAGUGCGGGCGGUCCAAGGAGACGGGCCUGGGCCUCUGGUACGGCGGCAGCGCGAUCCACCGCAUCGUCCCCGGCUUCGUCGCCCAGGGCGGCGACAUCGAGAACGACGACGGCACGGGCGGCGAGUCCAUCUACGGCACCGGGGGCUUCGCGGACGAGUCGUUCGCGGCGCGGCACCACAAGGAGGGCCUCCUGUCCAUGGCCAACAGCGGCCGCAACAGCAACCACUCCCAGUUCUUCAUCACGCUGGACCGCUGCCCCCACCUCGACGGCAAGCACGUCGUCUUCGGCAGGCUCGUCGACCCCAUCCGCUUCAUCCGCCGCCUCGAGAAGCUCGGCACGCGCCGCGGCACGCCGAAGAAGCCCGUCGUCAUCACGAACUGCGGC